AUGGCGUCCUCUGGGUCUCCGAUUACGUCGGUGCAGCAGGCACCGAUGCAGGCGAAUAUUGCGCCGCCGUUGCUUACGCGGCUGGCGCUUGACUUGCGCGGGAGGAGGUUCACUGUGGAACGUGAAACCAUUAUGAACUUGCCCGAAAGCGUGUUGCUAUGCCUAUUCCCGAAUGGACUAGUUCUGAGCCGCCAGGAGGGCGAGGAUGAGGAGGAGGUUUACGGUGUGGAUUUUGACCCGGACUGCUUCGACUUCGUGCUCGCAUUCUUCCGCAAGUCGUCCGACGAUUUCUACGGCCACGAGGGCCAACCAGGCCUUUACGCCGCCCAAGCGCACCUAGCCGAGUCCGGAUCACCUGGCGAAUUCGCGCCCAACGCCAACCCGCUGCUCGCCAAACAGGCUAUCAUCGUCUUGCGCGAGGAGCUGGAGUACUUCGCUAUUCCACCCGCCGGCAGUGGCGCGAGCACGGAUGAGCAGGGAAUUGCGAACGACACAUUGCUGGAGAUGAAGCGCGAGUGUGGAGAAUACUUGCUGGGCAAGAAGAGCAUUUUCACGGCGUUGCAGAGGAAUGUGAACAAGGAGAACAAUAUCGCGGAGCAACAUUUGAUUGACAUGCUCUGCAUGAGUGGCUUUGAUCGCGAAGAUACCUGGGGCUUCCGUUCUAUGGAACCGAACCGAUGCUGCAUCAGUAGCAUUGCACUUGUCCUCCUAAAGACCGGCAUUACGCACCCACCUAACAACGAGCCCGUGAGCGUCGACUACACGCAGAUGGCGACGGCUCAAAAGCUGCUUCUCUUCUGGCGCAAACCGGCGCGGAAGUGUUGGUGGGACGGUCUGGAGGUCGAGCUGCCGAAGGGCGACAAGGUUAAGCUGUGGGCGCGUCGCGUGUGGACGCUCGAGCUGAGCUUGGUUUAA